AUGUCUACCGAGGCCGUCCCGGAGACCACCUUCCGGUCCUUUACCCCCGCCGAAGCAUCUAACUAUGCUCAAUUCCGACGGGAUUAUCACCCCACGCUAUACAACACCAUUCUUAGCCGGCAUACAUCUACCGGCGGUAAGCUUGACACUCUCCUUGAUGUUGGUUGUGGGCCAGGCAUCGCCGUGCGCGCCCUCAGCACGCGCUUCCAGCAUGCCAUCGGCUUUGACCCUUCGGAAGGCAUGAUUACAGGCGCGAAGGAACUUGGCGGGACGUCUGGAAGCGGAGAGCCGAUUCGUUUCGAAGUUUCCGCUGCUGAAGACCUCUCCGGAAUCCCGGACGGUAGUAUUGACCUCCUUACCGCCGCAACCGCAGCUCAUUGGUUUAAUAUGCCGGCAUUCUGGGUCAGAGCGGCUCAAGUUUUGAAGCCGGGUGGAAGUGUGGCGUUGUGGACAUACAAGAGUGCGAAAAUUGCGGAUAGUGUUCCGAAUGCCGCAGCAAUCCAGGCCGCGGUUCAAGCAUUCCAGAAGGAACAUCUCGCGAAGCAUAUGACCCCUGGGAGUUUUCUAUCAAAUAACUUAUACGUUGAUCUACCAUUACCAUGGAGUGUGAAGCCUCCUGUCGCGGAUUUUGACAAGGAAUCAUUUUCCCGGAUAGAAUUUGGGACCGAGAAUGAGGGCGCCUUACCGGGAGACCAAAUUUUUGCGGUGGGGGAGCCGGAGGUGGACUUAGAUCAGCUGGAGGCCUUGAUGGGUACGGUGAGCACGGUGAAGAGAUGGAGGGAGGCGAACCAGGAGAAGGCUGGGACGGAAGAAGAUAUCACCAGGAUAAUGAGAAGGGAGGUUGAGCGAUUGCUUCACGAGGCAGGUGUAGAAAAGGGGAAUGAGGUUAUUAAGAGAGCAGAAGCGGGCGUGCUACUGGUGGUCAAGAAGAAGGCUUGA